UCCUACUUGUGUCAUCGCAGAAAAAAAUAGUUAUGCCCUGAGCUGAACCCUAUAUCAACACAUUAAAGUCCAAAGUCUCAUAACUCUUCUUCUUCUCUAGAUAUUUUUAUCAGCUUCCAUUUUUUCAACUUUCUCAUUUUUGGGAAAUCAUCAAAACAUGACAACCUAUGGAACAAUACCGUCAGGAUCAGGGAGUGUAGAAUUCAUUUCCAGGGCCAAGGAACAGAUCAAGUCAGGUCUAGGAACAAGAAGACCAUGGAAACAAAUGUUUUUUUGGGAAGCUUUUGGUUUACCACAUGGUUUCAUGGAAGUUAUCUCACGGAUCAAAACAAACACGGCAUAUUUCCGUAUGAAUUACGCACUUAUCGUGUUAGGAAUUCUGUUUUUGAGUUUACUUUGGCAUCCAAUAUCUAUGAUCAUAUUUAUAGCUAUUAUGGCUGCCUGGAUUUUUCUCUACUUCUUACGUGACGAACCGUUAAUGAUAUUCAACAAUAUGAUUAACGACCGUAUCGUCUUGAUCGUGCUUUCUGUUGUCACAAUUAUUGGGUUGAUGUUCACCGGUGUAAUUCCGAAUGUUUUCUCGGCGGUUGGGAUUGGAGCUGUGUUUGUUUUAGCUCAUGGUGCAAUGAGGAAGACUGAUGAUUUAUUUGUUGAUGAUGAAGAAGCUGCUCAUGGAUUUACUUAGAAAGCGAUUGUAUUCGGAAUCACUGGGACUGUUUGUUGAUCUCCAAUGAAAAUUAUUGAUUGUUUCUUUGUGUAAUCAUUUUAAUGAAAGUGUGAAUUGCUUUUGUCAACCAAAUUAUUGGCCUUUUUCUGUC